GAGGCUGAAUUUCAGUCAUUGAGAGAAGCUCUCUCCUUUGUAUCAUUAAUUGAUGGAUAUUACAGAUUAACCGCAGAUGCCCACCAUUAUCUCUGUAAAGAAGUAGCACCACCAUCAGUCCUUGAAAAUAUCCAAAGCAACUGCCAUGGACCAAUUUUCGUGGACUUUGCUAUCAGUAAACUGAAGAAAGCAGGUAAUCAGACUGGCUUCUACGUUCUUCGUUGCAGUCCUAAAGACUUCAAAAAAUACUUCCUCACCUUUGCUAUAGAGCGUGAGAAUACCACUGAUUAUAAGCACUGCUUAAUUACAAAGAAUGAGAAUGGAGAAUAUAAUCUCAGUGGAACCAAGAGAAGUUUUUGUAAUCUUAAGGAUCUGUUGACUUGUUACCAGACAGAAACUGUCCGUUCAGACAGCAUAAUUUUCCAGUUCAUCAAAUGCUGUCCUCCAAAGCCAAAAGAUAAAUCGAAUCUGCUGGUCUUCAGAAGCAAUAGUGUAGGUGAUGUUCCUUCAUCACCUACGCUACAGAGACACAACAAUGUCAACCAGAUGGUCUUUCACAAAAUACGGAAUGAAGACUUGAUAUUCGAGGAGAGUCUUGGACAGGGCACGUUCACUAAGAUUUUCAAAGGUGUAAGGAAAGAAGUGGGAGACUAUGGCCAGCUCCAUCAGACUGAAGUUCUCUUAAAGGUGCUGGAUAAAGUGCAUAGAAACUACUCUGAGUCCUUUUUUGAGGCUGCAAGUAUGAUGAGCCAGCUUUCUUACAAACAUUUGGUGUUAAAUUAUGGAGUCUGCGUAUGUGGAGAGGAGAACAUCCUUGUACAAGAAUAUGUGAAAUUUGGAUCUUUGGACACAUAUUUGAAAAAGAACAAAAAUGUUAUCAAUAUCUUAUGGAAGCUGGAAGUAGCCAAACAGUUGGCAUUAGCCAUGCAUUUUCUGGAGGAUAAAGGCCUUGUUCAUGGGAAUGUCUGUGCAAAAAACAUCUUGCUUAUCAGAGAGGAAGACAGGAAGUCUGGAAACCUUCCAUUUAUAAAACUCAGUGAUCCUGGCAUCAGCAUUACAGUUUUGCCAAGAGAUAUUCUUCUUGAGAGAAUACCAUGGGUUCCACCUGAAUGUAUUGAGAACCCCAAACAAUUAAGCCUGGCCACAGACAAAUGGAGUUUUGGUACUACUUUGUGGGAAAUCUGCAGUGGAGGAGACAAACCUCUGAGUGCACUGGAUUCUUCAAGAAAACUGCAGUUUUAUGAAGAUAGGCACCAGCUUCCUGCCCCCAACUGGACAGAACUAGCAAACCUUAUAAACAACUGCAUGGAUUAUGAGCCAGAUUUCAGGCCUUCAUUUAGAGCAAUUAUACGUGACUUGAAUAGUUUGUUCACUCCAGAUUAUGAGCUAUUGACAGAAAAUGAUAUGUUGCCAAAUAUGAGAAUUGGAGCACUUGGAUUUUCUGGUGCUUUUGAAGAUCAGGACCCAACACAAUUUGAAGAAAGACAUCUUAAGUUUUUACAGCAACUUGGCAAGGGAAAUUUUGGCAGUGUUGAGAUGUGCCGGUACGACCCCCUGCAGGAUAAUACUGGGGAGGUGGUGGCUGUGAAAAAGCUGCAACAUAGCACAGAAGAGCACCUUAGGGACUUUGAAAGAGAAAUUGAAAUACUUAAAUCUCUGCAGCAUGAUAACAUUGUUAAAUACAAAGGAGUUUGCUACAGUGCAGGUCGUAGGAAUCUAAGAUUAAUCAUGGAAUAUUUACCAUAUGGAAGUUUACGAGAUUAUCUGCAGAAACACAAGGAAAGGCUGGACCACAAGAAGCUUUUACUGUAUGCGUCUCAGAUAUGCAAG